AUGUCUUCCAAGCACCGCAAGAGAGAAUCAGGCAGAGCUCCGCGCAUUCCACCGUUAGACCCCGAAGAGGUCCAGAUAUUAAGCAGGGUCGAGUACGACAAAGGGAGACUAGAUGCUUUCUUGCGCACUCUCCAGAAGUAUCCGAUGGAUGGACCAGCUUGGAGCAACGCUGUACAAUGCACAUACCAGCUCCUGAGACGCAUGCACGUCGCAGGAGAAGAAAACAUCGCCAAGAUCGGCGGUGUCCUCGCAGCGAACCAGAAGAUCAUUGCAGAUCCAGAGUUCCAUUCCUUACUCCGCACGAUCGAGACCAGGCGUCAAUGCCCCGGCUUCGCAGACGCUGUUGAGAAAGCCACUACCAAUCCGGGUGGUAAGGCUGCGUUGGCCGAGCUCAGCAAGUAUCUCACCGCGGUGAGGCACGCCAUGGACAAGAAUGCUGCUUUCUUCGAGUGUUACUUGAUUUGCCUGGCGCCAGAUCUGAGCCCCAUCGACCGUCCUCCGCCCCGUACCGGUAUCAGGGGUUUGAUGGGGGAGUUGACUCGGAAGGAAGUAGCCAAAGGGCGGAAAAGGCCAGGAAAGAGAGACUUCAACGACGAGGUGCGCUAUCUCGGCAAUGCUCCGGGUGAGCUGCACAUCGCUCCUGACGAGGUCCGCCACCCAGAUAGCCCACCGCCAUUCCCAAAAAGCGUAGAUGAGAGCUACGAAGGAACCGAAGGAUCGGAGCAUUGCAAAUCCAAGGGUCGAGAUGUGUACGAGUCGACGCUCGAGAAGUUUGAGGACCUUGAUAUGAAUGUCCCAAGAAUUGAGGGCCUGAGGCAAAUGAUCUCCCGUAUUACGGUGCGCCUGAUGCACCGAAGUAGGGCGAUGGAGAACUGA